AUGGCUAGCUUAGACUUUAUAAUGGAUGUCAACGACGACCGCCAGACUGCCGACAGUCGACACCCCCACAAUAAAAGGGACAAGGGCGCCAGCAAACCGGCCAGUGCCGGUCAGCUCCAGGAACCGCCCACCAACCAGCAAGCAGACCCGGGAUCUGCCAGUAGUCCCGGCCAGGCCACCGAGGGAGAUAUCAACCAGGCCGCCCUCGCUGCCCAGCCCAAAAGGCGCGGUGCCCCAUCCCGAGGUCUCAAUUCUGCCCCACCGGCUUCAGGAAGAGAAGGAGCAGCAACAGCAGCAGCAGCAGGGUCAGGAGGAGCAGGCCCCAUCCCCGCAGUCUCGUCCUCGUCGUCGUCGUCGCCAACCCUGUCGGCGAGCACAAACCGGCCGUCUGCCAGUCGUCAGAGCACGACGAGCAGCGACUCGAUGGACCCGACAGCAUAUGGUUCUUCUGCCUCGUCGCCCUCAACGGCCCGGGGCCCCCAGAGGCCCAUGCCCAUGCAUCUCUCCGCAGCACCGUUCCAGCCGAGGUUGACUCCAAAGACCAACCGGGUCAGCAAAGCACAGAAGGGCUUGCCCGUCCAUGUCUGCGAAAUUUGCAAACCUCCAAGGACUUUUACACGGGCUGAACAUCUAAGGCGUCACCAGUUGAGUCACGGCGCGCCUCAGUUCCAAUGUCCAAGCUGUGAGAAGCAGUUUCACCGCGAAGAUUUGCUGGCACGGCACCAGCAAAAACACGAAAAUGUUGAUCAAGUGCCGAGAUCGGGCACCUCACCAGAGAGUCCGCAUGCUUCUUCGGCGCCAGUUGUCCAACAGGCUCCGCAGCCCCACGGAAGCUCGUCGUCCAUUACGGGACCGGCUCCCUCGCCCUCGACAACCGAAUUGCCUCCGACACCCAGCACCGCCACCAUUAGGAACCAGUCAGGGUUCCCGCAGCUUGGGAGUCCGGCACACGGAAACAGCUCGAGCUACGCGUCUGUACGAGGCUCACCCGGAGAGUACCAUAGUCCUUACACGCUGUCCCCCGAAAUCUCAGUCAUCACCCCAACACACGCUCCAUCAUUAGCGUCACCUUAUCAUGGUGGUUCAGGCUCCUACCAAACACCUAGGAGCGGACACCCGCCUAUCUACGUUGUCACGCAGGGGCUCCAGCCGCGAGGUCUACAGCCGCCCGGUCUACAGCCGCCCGAGCAGUUGCCAGAGCAUGAUACCUCACCAUGGCCAUCAUCGGCAUCGGACAGCACCUACUCGACCCCGUCAGACGUCUCCCGCACUCGCCCCUGGAUCCGUGGGCCGUCGCCGACCACCGAAUGGGCUACCUCGCAGACGCUGCCCCCGUAUCCUAGCACGAGAUCACGGGGUCUCCGCCCUCCAGGCGCCGGAAUGGACGGAGUCUCAGCCCUACAAGCUCCUUUCCUAAUCAAUUCGUACACGUCAAACCCGCCGGCGCAAGAGCAGCAUUUUGGGAGCACAGUGCUUAAUGUCCAGUCUAUGGGAUUCGCUGAAGCGACCAGCCACCAUGGUUCCGUGAGCAAUUCAACGGUUAGCACGUUCCGCCCCCAUCAGCAGCGCCAGGACAACUCCAUCUCGUCUCUGCGCGGCCAGACGCCACCCAUGAACGCGGCAUCUCAUGCAAGUGAGUCUCUGGUUGCGCCCGUUCCUACUCUCCCAAGCCGACUUGAUCCUUUGGCGAGCCUCGACCGCCGGAAAGGGAUCAUGAUGGAGGCACACCAGGAUCUUAUGGGUACUAGCAUGGGCGACAUGAGUCUGCUAGGUGGCUUGGACGCCGGAUACGGCGGCGAUGGCGCCAAUGCUGCCAACCUCCGCGUUGACGAUGGCAGUCACAGCGCCGGCAUUGCCGCAGAGCUGGACCUGGCCAUGGGAGGCGGAUGUGUUAUGCCGAUCCCUCCGACCAUGACCAUCCCGCUACCGGCGCCCGUCCGCGCCGCGGUUCCCAGAUAUCUACAGGUGUACUGGGCGCGGAUUGACAAAUUUCUGCCGAUGGUGCACCGACAGACUUUCGAGGCGGCCCCGGAAGAUGCGUUGAUGUACGCCAUGGCGGCCGUAGCUACUCAACACCUCGACAGCAGGGAAGACCGCGCUCGGGGAAAUCAGCUACACGAAUUUGCCUGGCAGGAGGUGAAACGGACUCCCCAGUGGACCAUGCAGAUCAUGCAAGCCAUCCUCCUAUGCGAAUAUUUUGCGCGUUUUCGUGGCCGCAAGGCCGUCACGCGGCCCUCAAAACCGUUCGAGUCACUGUAUUCGAGGGUGAGUGCUGCUCUGCCAUACUUUAUCCCGCCGCCGUCGUCUGCUUUUUCUGAGGACAGCGGCUUUUGGCUUGCCGAUACUACCACCACCGCUUGGUCUCUUACUUCGUCCCCUGCUUCUUCAAACUCGUCAUUGUGUGAUUCCAUUACACCGACCACCACAACCAUGUCUCCCUUCGCUCUGCGGCACCUUAGUCCGCUUCAGGGAACUCCCUGGGGGGGUUUUUCUUCGUCGUAUGGCUCGUCGGCGACUUCUUCGCGUUUUGGAAAUCCUUCCAAAUCUUCUUCAGAGUCGUCCCUGGUCUUUGACUUCUCGCACUCUUCUCGCAGUAAUCUUAAUCUUAAUGUCAAUGUCACUUCCUCUCCUGGUGCUCGCUCACGAGCACAAACAUCGUGGUCCUCCCUCUUUGAUCCCACGCGCUCCAGCCCGGUGCAGGGCCCAGCGCCCCCUCCCUUUUUCUCGACUCGUUCCAAGGCUCCAGGGCAGGCAUACUCACAGUCUGUUUCCAACACACAGGUGCUCUACCACAGCCCGGCUCUCCUGGAUCACGCCAUGCUAGCCUCGAAUCAGCAACUGCCUCUCCAGGACCGGUGGCGCAACUGGGUCGACGCGGAAUCGCGCCGUCGACUUUUCGCCGGAUGCCUUUUCUGCGACGGCCACGCCGCCGUUUACCAGCAACAGCGACGGGCCCAGGACUUCGAAGCUGACGGGUCAGCCGCACUCCAUCUGGUCCCUCUCCUUGGCCGCAGCGCCAAACUGUGGGAGGCUCGCACGGCCGAGGAAUGGGAAGCCGCCUUGGCCGAGGAUCCCGGUGCUGUCGAUCCCGAAUUCGUCCCCCCGCUCGAGCAGCUCACCGAGGUGGACCUGUUCUCGCGGCGUAACUUUGACCGUCUGAUGAUUCUCAGUGCCUGCGCGCUGCGCCUGCCGCGUCGCCAUAGGUCGCUGCUCGCCACGGCCGCCUCGGCAGACAACUCCCCCGCGCCCGACGACAACAUGGACAACAUGGGAAGCCAGUUCGAUCAGCUGCCGGAACCGCAGCAGCAGCCGCCCAUUACCCCGCACAUGCCGUACAUCGACGCCGAGGAGCGCAUCAGCUACCUCUUCGGGGGCUGCCCUGUCGGCAACUCCUACCUAGCCCUGCAACACACCCCACUGCGCGACCUGCUCGCCGUGGCGGGUGACUCGUGGGUGUUUACGCAGAAGCUGCUGCACGGGUCGACGUUCGUCAAGCACCAGCGCCGCGUCCGGCUGUGGGCUACGGGCGCAACCACCAGUCCCUCUCUAACAACCAGUAACACCACCGGCGGCACCGCUGGCACGUACACAGAUCCCAGCCUGGCGGGCCUCAACCCCGUGCGGGCAACGGUCUACGCUGCGCGCGCCAUCCUGCUCUUCCUCGAGCGCGAGCAGCCCUUGUCCCCCUACCACGGCCCGCCCGCCGCGCUCUGGUGUCUCGACCUGGCCGAUUACUGGGCCAUGUACGUGUGCGCGCUCAUCUGCUGGGCCUUUAGCCACCGCGCGCGUGGCACAAUUAGCGCGUCGUCAUCAUCAUCCACAUCGUUUUCUCCAUCGUCUUCUGAUAAGCAGCAGCAAAGGCAAGCCCGCCAGCGGAGCAGCAGUGCGGCGUCCGGUAGUACCAGCGCCAGCGUCAGCGAAGCGGGGAGCAACAACAGCCCUCCCCUAGGCAUAACCGCGGCCGUUACUACUAGUAGUGGGAGUAGUAGGAGUACGGCAGACCAAGAGGCGGCAGCGAUCGAGUGGCUGCGCACGGUGGCAGCCGAGGGCGCGACACUCGAUGACGUGGUGGCGGUGCGCGGCGCCCCCGAGGCCCACAACGUCGUGUGCUUGGUGCGGCGGCGGCUCGAGAGCGACUGCGUCGGGGAGCGCAGCCGGCUGUACUGGGACGCGGUCGGGGUGCUGAAGAAGGUGGAGGAAGGGGUUGGGCGGAUGUGGUUUUGA